AUGCCACCGCCGCCAUCCAAGGUCCCUGGACCUCUCCGCAAGGUCCAAGAUAUGUGGACUAAGGGUGGUCAUCGAGCCUUCCAUUACACAGUCAUCCCUGCUAUCUUUGCAUACGGCCUCUAUCAAGCGGAUGAGCUCACCCUCAACCCCAUUGACCUCUUCAAGAAGAUAGUUUUUUCUUAA